AUGGUUGGUCCGCCUCCGCGGUGCACCAAUGCUCGGCUGGUCGGCAUGGUUGUCGCGCAGCAUGGUGGCUCGCGGGCCAGCUCGGCAUGGUGGCUCGCGGGUCAGCUAGGCAUGGUGGAAGCUCGGCGUUACGCGGCAGGUCGGCAUCAUGCGGUAGGUCGGAACAGGGGGCUGCCAACGGCACGGCAAGGCGGCAGGUCGGUGUGUAGGUCAGCUCGGCGUGUAGGAUGCGAAUUUUCUCAAGGAAGUUGGAUACUCGAUGGCUCACAACCAAUGUAUAAUGUUUCGAUUUGUUCUUUUAUCGAGAAACAAUUCGACUGCAUAGGAAAUGGAAGACCCGAUAAUCUCUUCUUGAAGUAUAGAUGGAAACCAAGUGGAUGUGAGCUACCCAAAUUUGAUGGGCAAGAUUUCUUGAGGAGGUUCAAAGGGAAGAAAAUAAUGUUCGUCGGGGACUCUCUAAGCCUCAAUCAAUGGCAGUCUCUUACAUGCAUGUUACAUGCAGCUGUGCCCAAAUCAAGAUUCACUUCGAUCAAAAUUGGAAACCUCUCCACAUUUUCUAUACCGGACUAUAACAUCUCAUUGAUGCUGUCUAGAAAUGCAUUUUUGGUUGAUUUUGUGGUUGAAAAGAAUCUCAGGAUUUUGAAGUUGGAUUCAAUCCAAAAUGGGAAUUCAUGGAAAGGGUUUGAUAUGCUUAUAUUCAACACGUGGCACUGGUGGCUUCACAAAGGAAAUCAAAAACCAUGGGAUUAUAUCCAACAAGGUGGGAAGCUUGUUAAAGACAUGGAUCGGUUAACGGCGUUUAGUGAAGGGUUAAAGACAUGGUCCAAAUGGGUGGAUUCUAAUGUUAAUCCCUUACAAACUAAGGUUUUCUUUCAAGGCAUUUCCCCUACUCAUUACAAUGGUUCGGAGUGGAAUGCACCAAAGGGGACUAAUUGUAGAGGCGAGACCCAACCGAUCAAUGGGUCGGUUUAUCCUGGUGGAACCCUGUCGGCGGUGGCAGUGGUGAAAGCCGUGCUUAGCGGCAUGAAAACUCCGGUUGGGUUGUUGGACGUGACGACUCUCUCUGCUCUAAGGAAAGACGGUCAUCCGUCAAUUUACGGGCUCGAUGGGCAAAAAGGAAAUGAUUGUAGCCAUUGGUGCCUAGGUGGAGUUCCUGAUACUUGGAAUCAAUUGCUAUAUGGGAUGUUGAUCACUAAUGGGAAAUCUAAGAUGUAA